CUUGUCACUAACAUAUUGCUUUCAUCUUUCUUAUAAUUAUUGGGGUUACUGUUUUUUGUUUGUUUAAAUACUUUCAUCGCCCACUUUCUUCCACCUUAAUGCUUACUACCCACGUCUAGGAUUCCAGAUUUCUGAAAAUUUUGUGAACAUGGAAGAACUCCUUCCCCGUCUCUUUUAUUAAGAUUUCAAAUUCCAUGCAGUUUUCUUGCUAUGGGAUUUGCAUUUCUCUUUUUGUUAUUGCCAUCAGCAUGCUUUCCAUAUCAUAUUAAGUCUACUUUUCGGGUCCAUUUGAAGAUAAACUAUACACAUCGGAACUGAAAGAUUUGUAAGAUAAUAAAAGCUUUUCUUGUUCUUCUUCUUCUUCUUCUUUCUUUCUUUCUUUUUUUCAAUUGCUUUGAAGGUUUCUUGGCAGUUUUUUAUGAAAAUUGGCAAACAAUGAGUCCCAGCAUGAGUCCUAGACUCUCAUUUUCUAUUGACUUUUGUCAAGAGGAAACCAUUCCAACACCUCUCCAAUCCCAAUCAUGCUCAUCAAAUUUCAAUGAUUUCGACUUUUGUUUUCACUCCAACGAAAUUAAUCUAGAAAGUUCAUCUGCUGAUGAGCUUUUCGUUGAUGGGAAGAUCCUUCCUGUUGAAAUCAUGAAAAAGAUUGCUGCUUCACAAGAAUUACACCGACCCAUAAUUAUUCCAUCACCUUUCCCACCUCUACGUGCAUUUGUUGAAUCUGCUAGUACUAAGAAGGAUGCUGAUAAAGAUUCAAGGCAUGAGAUCUCCGAGGGAAUGAAGAGUUUAAGCAAACACAAUGAAGCAAAUCACAAGAACUUUAUUAACCAAGAAAUCAAGAAAAAGAUUACUCCCUUGAAGCAAAUACAACAACCUGUAAUUCCACCGCCCUUUCCACCUCUCCGUGUAUUUCUUGAAGCAGCUGGCAUUAAAGAAUACGACGUUUAUGAAGAUUCGAAUCAUGAGAGCUUCAAUGAAAGCAAUAUCUCAUGCAAAAAAGAGGAGUAUAAGAAGAAAAACUCAAGAUCAUUUCGGCAUGUGAAGAAGAAUACUAGUAUGAAUAAUAACUGGAGUUUUGGUGCUUUGUGUCCUUUUCCACUUUUUUCUCGAAGCAAGUCUGCAUUGAAGACUGCAGGGAAAAGAGUAGCAUUGUCAAAAGAAAUUCAGAAUCACAAGCACAAUUCAGAGAAAUUGAAGCCCCUGGCGCUGGCGCAUUUGCAAAUUUCUUCUCUAACAAGUUAUCGUCAUCAAAAGCCUCUUCGAUGAAGAAUUUGAACGACAUUCACUUUUAUAUACCAUUGAAGAGUUAUUAUUAUUAUUUUUACAGAAUCAUAAGCUUUUAUAUACCAUCAAAAGCUUCCUCUUAUUCUUGGAGAACUCAAAAUAUAUUGGAUUUUAA